GAUUUUUCAUCAUAUCUCUUCCUAGUCUCCUAGUCUAUCAUCUCAUUCAGCGCAUCUCAUGCUCGGUUAGUGUUACUGUUCCAAUUUUCCGUUCCGUUACAAUUUUUCACCUGCUUGGUCUUAUGUCAGCCCACUCUGUCAAGGAGCAGGCCGUCAAAAGUGUAGAUUUCUCCAAGCUUCUCGAGCUAACGACUCUAUCAGGCCUUCUGCCAAAGAUUGGAAGGGUGUCUCACUGGUCUUCUUUUGCUCAUAAUCUAGGAAAGAGUGAGUGUUCUCUUUCGUCUCCCUCAUCGUGCUGCAUUCCCGAUGGCCGCAUUGCGCGACGAUUCUUGCAAGUUUCUUUCGCCGCUGUCCCCGAUUUUUGCUCCCGUCCACGAUCUGCCUACAUUCAAUUCUCCACGAUGCGCUUGAGAGGAACAAUUGCAUGCGAGUCAUAUGCAGCAAUGUGGCGGAGCUCUGAUAACUUCCACUGUUGUUGCCCAAGUCCUCGGGGGGGGGGGAAAGUUGCAUGGCCCCAAAUCUUUCCAAUGCAACCACCGGCGCCCAGCUCAACAAAUACUGCAAGCACACUUUAUUGAAUUCGGAACCGCUGACGGCGAUGACUAUAAUCACACAUAGGCUCGUUCCAUUCUUCAGCAAUGUUGUUGUAUCGCCGAGCCUGCUACAAGUGUGGCAACCUUGGCCACUUUGCUGGUUAGUUGAUGGUUCAAAAAACUGCUUGUAGCCCAGGCCA